AUGAAGUCCCUUAUUGUCCUAUCGUGCCUCACGCUGUCGACGCUGGCACUGCCGACGCAUCACGAGCCUAAGGUGUAUCACGUGGGACAUUACUAUCACGGACCACCAGCCCCGCUGGCCCAUGACGGCCGGGUGGUCGACACGCCGGAAGUGGCCCACGCCAAAAAGGCACAUUUCGCGGCGUACGCCGAGGCGGCUGCCAAAGCGGCGCCGCUUCACGUUGGAUAUUACGCGGGCGGAGGUCACGACGGGGGAUACGCCGGCGGAUUUGACGGCGGAUUCGACGGGGGAUAUCCCGCGGGCGGAAGUUACAUCGGUUACGCCGGCGGACACCACGGCGGAUACCAGAGCAAGUACCACGGUCCACCGGCACCGCUCGGCAAGGACGGACGAGUCGUAGAUACGCCGGAAGUGGCCCACGCCAAGAUCGCGCAUCUGUCCGCCCACGCCGAGGAGCUGGCCAAGCAUCUGCCGUACGCGUAUUCCUACCCGCACUUCUCAUGAUGAACACCUUGUCGAGGGAAUACACCAAGGAAGGACCAUUAACUCUCAUUGCUUUCAUCAAUAGCGACUUCUUCAAAGAAUUGUGUCGACGCGCAUCUUGUUAUACGCUCGCGUUGGCGGAUGUGCA